GACACAAGUGAGAAGCGACUGAAUACGUCGGACUACUCACUUCGUCAAUACAACUAGUCAUCAUUACCUUAGUGAUAUUUUUUUAAUUUUUUCCAAUGCAAAAUUAGUCUGUUCUCCAAAGUCCUGCUCUCUCCGACCAUUUUGUUGUGAAACGUGCACAAAAUGGCGACCAACUACACAGAAGACAUCGGCCCUGUGGCAUGGCCACUAAAAAUGGUCUCACAAGAAGUAGUAGAGCACAUGCUGGGAUGGAACAUUCCAGAAGAGCAUCAGGACCUGGUCCACGACCACUGGAGGGACUUUCCCGCCGUUAGCAAGUACUGGCACUUCGGUCUAGCUUUAAUUUACACCAUGUUGAUGUUUGCUUCAAUAUCUGGUAAUGGAAUCGUCAUUUGGAUAUUUAGCACAUCAAAAUCCUUACGCAGUGCAAGCAACAUGUUCGUAAUCAACCUAGCAAUAUUCGAUCUCAUGAUGAUGAUCGAGAUGCCGUUACUCGUGAUCAACUCCUUCCAUCAGAGGCUCGUCGGCUACCAGCUCGGCUGCGACAUAUACGCAGUGCUGGGCUCCUUGUCAGGCAUCGGAGGCGCCAUCACGAACGUCAUCAUCGCUUAUGAUAGAUAUAAAACAAUAUCAAGCCCACUAGACGGAAGACUGACGCGAGUGCAAGCAUCUCUGCUGAUACUGUUCACUUGGCUGUGGGCGUUGCCUUUCACCUUCCUGCCCGCUUUCAGGAUCUGGGGAAAAUUCGUGCCAGAGGGUUUCCUCACGACAUGCUCCUUCGACUACUUCACUGAAGACACGGACACCAAACUAUUCGUCAUGUGCAUAUUCAUCUGGAGUUACGCCAUUCCAAUGCUAUCUAUAUGCUUCUUCUACUCAAAACUGUUCAGUGCUGUCCGUCUCCACGAGCGCAUGCUAAAAGAGCAAGCCAAGAAGAUGAACGUCAAAUCUCUAGCGGCGGGCAAAGAAGAUGCUGGCAAGAGCGUGGAAAUCAGGAUCGCUAAAGUGGCCUUCACGAUCUUCUUCCUGUUUGUUUGCUCAUGGACGCCGUACGCUUUCGUUGCCAUGAUCGGAGCUUUUGGAGACAGGAGUAUAUUAACGCCAGUGGCAACGAUGGUGCCUGCAGUGUGUGCGAAGAUCGUAUCCUGCAUAGACCCAUGGGUGUAUGCCAUCAACCACCCUAGAUACCGGGCGGAGUUAGAAAAGCGGGUACCAUGGAUGGGCGUCCGCGAACCAGACCCAGACAGCGUAUCCACCUCCAGUGGCGCCACGGCCCAGACACAAAACGCGGCGGAAGCGUGAACUGACGACCAUACAGCUAACCCAUUAACAAAACUGCGAUAAAAUGGAUAACGACCUUACUAUCAUGUGCUUAAUUCCGGACAAAAUAAUUCUAAUUUAACAAAACAACUAAGUUGGUUCGAUGUAAACUCAAUUCUCCUACUACUCAAUCUUUAUUUUACAAAGUUAAGAGUGACUGACAGAUAGAUAUUUAACAAGUGCAUGCUGAAUUAAAUCGAUCGAUCAUUUUCAUAUUAAUUAGCAAAAAAACACUGGUUUUGAGAUUUAGAUAUAUUGUGGCCGGAAUUAAGGAUAUGUCUGAUAAAGCAUUGAAUAUUUACAUACCAAUAUUUUGUAACCACACUAUAGUUGUAUAACCAAACGAUUCAAUCAAAAAACGCGCUAUUUUUAAAAAGACAGUCUUUUUACUAGAUUUUAGACAAAGUUUUCUUGAUUGUGUCGUUUCUUACUAUAAAUAUUUUAAUAUAACGAAAUGUGCAUGAAAACGGACACCGAUAUGUUUUUAUACUUAGAUUAUUGUAAUUAGACAAAACGAGAUUUCAUUAGAAUUGAACGUUCUUACAUCAUCUAUCAAUCUUCAAUGAUGUUGGUAUAUUUUUUAUUACUUUCACCUAUUAGCGUUGGUUGAUAUUUAUGUAAGAAAGCGGUCUAUACUGCAAAAUAUUUUUGUGUCGAAAUGAAAAUAUUUAAAAUAAAACUCGAAAAAAAUGGAACUGAUAACGACGACUCUGGCAAAUACGACUUGUACAACGAAUAAAGAAAUUUUGCAGUA